GUCCGCUCUGGCUAACGGCGUCUACCUGUUUUCAGUACACUCUAGCUAAUGCCUCUAAACGCUUAAUUCUUUUAACAUGUAGCUGUUUCUUAUUCCAAGGCAACAUCUAACUCAUUCCCACCCCAGUUUAUUAUAUAUACAUGUGCGUUUUUUAUUUUUAUUUUUUAUUUUAUAAGCGUCCUUUGAGCUAUCAGGUGCUUCCCAGUGCCGCUCCGGCUGGAGCUCUCUACAGCUGCCUGUCUCACACCGCAACCGCCCCGCAACCGCCCCGCAGGUGUCAAUUGAAAAGUCAGGUGCGCCCUGUUUACUCGUGUGUCCAUCAUGACGUGACUCUCAUCAGGAUGAUGAAGGAGAGUACAUGUAGACAUGUAGCUGUCUCCACUGCUUCACACAGAGUCUUAGCUGCAGUUCAGUCAUCACUGGUGUCUCGUCAUGAUGCUGUACUCGCUUCCUCUGACGCUGGUCUUCUGGGCCACACUCACUCACACACAAAGCCUGGAGCUUUUAAACUUCACAGAGGAAAACGCACUCACCUGCAGUCAGGGCCUAACUGACUGCAACGUAAAACCAGGUGAUAUAUGUCUUAAUCACGAUGACCGUGUUAAUGUGAGUGGUCUUGCUGCUCAUGCACUGUUGUGUAGCAGUCUUCAAGGCUUGCGUCCAUGCUUAAGAAUUUUUAUUAACGUUACAACCUCAGUUUACAGGUUUUGCUCUGCUUUUUUAGGAAGUCACGAUGAAGCAGCUUUGUCUAAAGAAGAUAGCUACAAUGACAAAAGAGGCGAGAACACAUUAAACGAGCAUGGAAGUGGCCUGGAACAGUCUGUUUACACAGCAAUGUAUUUCCAAGUAUGUUACCAUGGCCCAGACUUCUCAGGUUCAAAAGAGAUCACUUUCACACCACUCUCCUCAGAUGACCUCUCAACACAGCAGAUGUGGAUAUCCUUGAUAGUAGAACUGAGGAAAGAUGAUUUUGGCAGUACAGUCACUGUCUCCUCUUCAAACAUUCCCACACGCACCUACACUGAAGAGAUGCCUUCAAUAGACCAAGUUUGUUCCCAAGGUCUGGCGAUUGCACAGUGUAAAGGCCCUAUUUUGUUUUCCGAAAUCAAUCCAAGAACAGGAAUGGCAGAACUACGUGUGGGUGAUCUGUCUGAUGAUAGAGUUCAUGACCUACAGGCCUGCCAGAGGAUGGAGAAAGAUGGUCCAUGUUUAAGUCUAGAAUGGAAGGAGAAUCCACUGAUGAUUCCAAUGAGCUCUGUUGCUCCAUGUCUCUGCUUUCAGAUUUGGUGGGUGAAUGGACUACGGAAAAUGUUUUGCCCGUUUUCUAAUAAAACAGCUCUUUCUGUCUCUAAUGUAUCUGUGUCUGUGGUGGAGUCUUCAACUCAUGAUGGAGCGAUGGGUAGAAACAGCACUGCUCUUGUCUGGAGCAUCACUGCCCCCUGCAGACUGGAGGCUGAAAUUCAACUCUGCAAGAAAAUUUCAGGCUCCAACAAAGACUGCGAUGUAACAAAUCAGUUAAUGAACAGCAGGGAUCAUAUUCAUAGCCGUCAGGAUCCAAAAUGGAACUUAAUUAACAAGCAGCACUGGCAAUUACAAGGCGAGUUUGCUCAAGUGGAACGUAACCCUUCACUCUGUGUGCAGAUAAAUGUUAAGGGAAUUGAAGGCCAUUUCGACCUUGUCUGCCCAUUUGAAAGUGCCAGAACUCAUUGGAGUUUGUUCCUGUUGGUAUCUGUGCUUGUUAUGUGUUUGGCAGUUUUGGCAGCCUAUGUUCUCCAGGGAUUACUCAAAGCAGGUUGGAUAUUCAAAUGGAUGAAAAUGGAUACCAUCAGCAGAAAAGUUGGAGAUGGACAGGUGGUGCUGCUGUACCCUCCAGAUGCAGACAGUGCUGUUGCAGAGCUGGUGUGUCACCUAGGCUCAGCUCUUUCCUCACUAGGAUUUGGAGUCUCUUUGGAGUUGUGGAGCCGCGAGGAACUGAACGCACUUGGACCCGUACCAUGGCUGCACUCGCGUCUUCAUCGUAUGCAAUGCCAUGGUGGAAAAGUGGUGCUUGUGCUUACCCCUGCUGCCUGGGCACGAGCAGAGGAGUGGUGUCGAAGCAGAGGAGAGAAGACUGAGCGCAGAGAAAACUACUCUGAUGUUUUCAGUGCCUCGCUCAGCUGCAUUCUUGCCGAUUACCUGCAAGGCCGUGCUGGCGAACGCUUUGCCCUGGUGCAGUUUGAAACACAGCCGGCCGAACCCCCGAAUGAAAGGGGAUCCAUGCCUGAGCUUUUUCGUGGGCUUCCACUUUUCAUCCUGCCCUCUCAGAGUUUGGGAUUUCUCACUGAGAUCACUCGUGGGGCUCACAAGGGACAAAAAGAAAACAAGAGACCUGAGAGCAGAAGAAUAAGAGCUGGUGUUUUGAGAGCAGGAGCACGAAUUUUAGCAGGAAGAUUGCGAGAGCUAACAGGGGGAGCAGGAUACAGGUUAGCAGGGGUUUCUCAGGAUUGCAUUGGCUUGAAGACGGACGAUCCAUGGGUCACUAUUCCUCUGACACUAGAGCACUUGACUCCACCUGCUAGUCCUGAGUCCCAUAGUGAGAACAGCACUGUCAAUGAAUUCCUGUAAAUGAGUCCGAACGUCUGUGAAGUGCAUAAGAGAACACGUGACAUAUAUUCUAACCUUAAAGUUCAGUUAUCUUUAAAGAAAUAAAUUAACUGCUGAGCUAGGCCAUGUUUUGACUCAUUAGCAUUGCAAUUCUUAAAAGCUUUUUCUUUAAGUAUCCAAUAUGGGACGGCACUGCUGUUUCACGUCUGGCUUCCUGGGUUUAAUCUGGUGUUUCUAUCUGUGCCGAGUUUUUUUUGUUGUUGAUCAAAGUGUUUUUUAUUUGAAAUAUAAACAAGUUACAUAUACAUACAUACAGUAGUACACUUUUUUCUUCUAACCGUACCCCUCCACCCACCCCACAAAAAACAACAACAAAAAAAACUAAACUAAAAUAAAAAAAAGCCAGUCAGCAGAAAAAAAAGGAAACAAAUACAAAAUAAAUAUAUUACACAUCAAACAGAAAAGGAAGAGAAGGAAGUAUUAGUAACAAAGACUAAAAAAGAAAUAUUUUAUUAUAGAUCUAAUUGAUCUGCAUCUUUAUUUUCAAAAUGGCUUAUAAAUGGUUGCUAGGUAUCAUAAAAUUCCUGAUUCGAUCCCUUUAUAGAAUAGCGAAUCUUUUCUAGAUAAAGAAAAUACAAGACCUCUUUAAUUCAGUGGCAACGACUACUUCCACUUAAACAGGAUCAGUCUCCUAGCGAGAAAGGAGCUAAAGGCGAUCAUAUUGGCCUUGGCGCCAUUCAAGCGGGCACCACUUGAGUCAACACCAAAAAGUGCAAUAAAUAGGGAUGGUUCUAAUGGUAUUUGGCAUACGUUUGAGAAUGUAUCAAAAAUAAAACUCCAAAAAUUGUAUAGCUUUGGGCAUGUCCAGAACAUAUGUAGUAGCUUAGCUGGUAGCUGCUUACAUCGGUCACAUGUGGGAUCAUGAGUCCUCUCUAAUCCUUGCCAGUUUUACCUUGGACCAGUGAAGCCGGUGAACAAUUUUAAACUGAAUGACUGUGUGUUUGAGGCAAACUGAUGAUGAGUAAAUUCUAUGUAUUAUCUUUUGCCACAGUUUAUCUAAAAUUUGUUCUUUUAUAUCAUUUUUACAUUUGCCUUUAAGUAUAUCUAAUGUGGUUGAGUAUCUGUGCCGAGUUUUGUAGCUUUCCCAGUGUUUGUAUGGGUUUUUCCAGAUUCUCCAGUUUUCUCCUACCAUCUUAGCUUUUUAGUGUGAAUGAGUGGGCUAUAGGAUGUAUGAACUUCAGCACAUCUAGGGUGAAUUCUUAUGUCACUGUGCGUGUUGCUGGAAUAGGCUCCGGAUACAUCGCAACCCUGACCAGGAUAAAGCGAUUAUUGAAGAUAAAUGUGUGAAUAAUAGAAAAUAUAUAAUAUUUAAAUCAGUUAAAAGGUGGCAUGGUGGCUUAGAGGUUAGCACUGUCACCUUGUACCUCCAGGGUCUAUGUGUGAUGCCUAGUUUGUAUGUUCUCCCUGUACCUCCCAGGUAUUCCGGGUUCCUCCCACAGUCCAAAGACAUACAGAUUAGGCUAAUUGGCAUUCCCAAAUUGACAUGUUGUGUUAAUGCUCGUGUGUUUGUUGACUGGAGGUCCUACCACGGUUGAAAAAAAGGUGAAUAAAUACAAUAGUCACCAUCUGUCUCCACAGUCCCUCGUAGACUACAGAGAUUCCUAGAUGGAUGGAAAUCAGUUAAAAGGUGAAAAAAAAACUUGAAUCCCAAUGCACAAUUGAUGCACACUGUAGCUCAUUUGUGGAGGUUCAAGAUUGAUGUUUUUUUGUUGUAUGCUGUCCUUUUUUCACUUUGUAAAAAGUAAAACCAAUUUGUAAAGUGUGUUGCAUUUGUGUGUUGUCUUUUAUUCCCAUGUUACU